UCCGGCGACUAAGGGAGGGAAAAGACAGGAAGGAAGAUGGUGGCAGCGUGGUUCCUGGUCCAGUCAGCCCCGCGGAGGAGAGAGGCCGCCUCCUGAUAGCCGGCAAUGCCGCGAGCGCGACGCCGAGACGGGCCCCGCAGGGGAGGCCGAGGAGCUCGCAGCAAUGCCAAGAUGGAGUCCGCAGCCAGUGACGACGAGGCAGCCAGCGAAGUCCUGAGUCACUACAGCAGUGCCAGUGAGGGCACCAGCGUGGCUGAGGAGGUACCAGGGGGAGAGGUGGUGGAUGAGCAGGCACAGCAAGAGGAGGUGGAAGAUAAACUGAAGGAAUGUAUCGACAAUGUGAUGGAUAAAAGCGCCAAGACCCGACAAAUUGCUCUUGAGAGCCUACGGAUAGCAUUCUCCUCCAAGACACUCUUUGACUUCCUGUUGGAACGAAGGCUCACCCUCACUGAUUCUUUAGAGAAGUGCCUGAAGAAAGGUAAAGGAGAGGAGCAGUCCCUUGCUGCUACUGUUCUCACACUACUGUGCCUUCAGAUGGGAUCAGGACCUGAAGGGGAGGAGGUGUUUCGCAGCCUCAAGCCUUUACUCAUCACUAUCCUGACUGACUCCUCGGCCAGCCCAAUCGCACGACAAAGUUGUGCCACGGCUCUGGGGAUGUGCUGCUAUAUCGCUGCUGCCGACAUGGAGGAUCUGGUUUCCUGCCUUGCCUGCCUGGAGGGUAUAUUUGGUACGUCCUGCAGCACAGAUGCCAGCCUCGUGCCCUCCCACCACAGCCCUCUGCUCCAGAACCUGCAUUGUAGUGCACUCCAGUCUUGGUCCCUGCUCCUUACCAUCUGCCCAAGUACCCAGAUCAAGAAGAUCCUGGACAAUCACUUACCUAAGUUGCCUCUGAUGCUGUCCAGUGAUAACGUCAACCUUCGGAUUGUUGCGGGGGAAACAAUUGCACUUCUGUUUGAACUGGCCCGAGAUAUGGAGGAGGAUUUCUUUUAUGAAGACACUGACUUGCUGUGCACAAAAUUGAAAGCUUUGGCCACAGACAGCAACAAGUACCGAGCCAAGACAGACAGACGCAAGCAACGUUCCAUCUUUCGCGAUGUGCUACAUUUCAUUGAGAAUGGGGAGUGCCAUGAGGAAACCAUCAAGUUUGGAUUAGAGUGCAUGUAUGUGGACAGCUGGGCAAGGAGGAGAAUGUACAACGCUUUCAAAGAAGCUCUUGGCUCUGGAGUCAGGCACCAUCUGCAGAACAAUGAGUUGCUGCGUGAGAUUUUUGACCUUGGCCCCCCACUAGUGCUGGAUGCUGCAGCUAUUAAGGCCAGCAAGAUCUCCCGCUUUGAGAAGCACCUCUACAACUCAGCCGCCUUUAAAGCCCGGACAAAAGCAAGGAGCCGUGUUCGAGACAAGCGAGCUGAUGUCCUUUGAAGAGAGUUUGUUGUUUUCUCUUCCUCCUUGUCCUCUUGCCUUCCAUACAAGCCAAUGAACUAUAGACCUGGACCACUGUGAAGUUGUGGAUUGGGGGAGAAAGGGGCACCACUUGGGGCAAACGGGGCCCCAUUGCUCUUCCUCAUUCAAAAGUCAGACUCGUGCCAUGCUCCCUCAGCUCCCCACCACAGUCUGGGGGCUUUUAUAUAUGUACAGAAUUAUAUUUAAAAUAUCCCGAAUGUUUGAAUUGUGGGUAGAAUGGCAAAGGGCAGGUGCCAUUUUUAUUUUUUUAACCAAAAAAUGUAAGCGAGGUUGAGCUGUGGGGGGAGGGAUUCCUCCCACCCACUGCUUUUUUAAGCCAGUGAUUUUGUUUCUGUGUGAAGCCUCCCCUCCCUGUCUCCGCUGCUGAAUGUAUUUUGUGGUUGCUCUUGCAACAUUUGCCGUGAAAUCAAGGACUGGGACUCCUCCUUGUCCACAUCUGCACUAGUGGACUUCCCUGGUAGGAGGUUGGUUUGGGGUAAAGGUCCAGGAUGGAGGCAGCGAAGCGGUCCGGCUUUAGAUUGGUGCCUUGGGUUCUUCCCCACUGGUGUUGAAGGUAUUUUGCCUUGAGAUGAAUGAAAUGUAUCUUAGAAAUCAGUGUAGUUGAUUAAAGACUGGGCUGACAGCAUCA